AUGGAAAAGACUGUUCAAUGUUACAUUGAAACCUGUCCCCGCUGUGUGCUGUACAAGACCAAGGCAGAUCGCAGGGUCCCUCUGGCCCCAUUCACGGCUAGAGCCCCGAUGCACAUAGUGGCAAUGGACUUUUUGACCUUGGGCCGUCCCACUGAUCGGUACCAAAACAUUCUUGUUGUGACUGAUUUGUUCACAAAGUAUGCAUGGGCUAUUCCUACCCCUGACCAAACAGCAGUUGCUACAGCCCGCGCUUUGUGGGCUCAUGUUAUACAGCCGUUUGGCAUCCCUGAAGUCAUGCAUUCUGACCAAGGCCCUUGUUUUGAGUCGAGACUGAUAAAAGAACUGUGCAUGGUUUAUGGUUGUCGCAAGUCCCGUACGACACCAUACCACCCACAAGGCAAUGGAGCAUGUGAGCGGUUCAACCAAACAUUGUUAAGCUUGUUGGGGACAUUGGAGACUGAACAACAAAGUAAUUGGGCCGGGCACCUUCCAGGCCUCGUCCAAGCUUACAAUAACACUGUACAUGCCUCAACUAAAUAUGCACCCUCUUUUCUAAUGUUUGGUCGCCACCUUAGAACCCCUGUGGACAUGCUAACUGGAGCAGCGACCUCGACGAAUACCACCAACACAACAGAGUGGGUGAGCAAACAUCAUCAGCAGUUAACCUACGCCUACAACAAAGCAUCAAACUUCUUGCUACAAGCUGCAAACGCGAACAAGAAGAUUUAUGACAAGACUGCCAAGGUUUCCCCCCUGCUUCCAGGAGAGCGGGCUUUGGUUUUAGACCAAAGGAGAAGGGAGAAGGGAAAACUUAGCAACAGGUGGGAAAGUGAACGGGCUUCACCCCUCCCAAAGUUAAGUGCCCCAUGGUUACCCAGGAUCAGUUUUAACAGCCUGCAGCUCUACCGCCAGUGUUUUUAUUUGGGUUUUAGAAACUUAAUUUUUAUUUAUUGUUUUUAUUUUUGCAUGACUUGGUGUGUUCUUUUAAAUAUAUUUGUUGCUUUGUUUUAUUGCAUGUUCACUGGCAGCGCGGAGUGCAGGACUGUAUAGCCUACUUAAUGAAGAGACUGACUGCUGGGACAAGUAGCAAAAAGGGGACUAUGGUGGACCACUGCACGGACAAUCGACACCUCCAGUUUUUAUUCUUUUAAAAUGCUUUUUAACUUUUGAUAUCCAUUGUUUUUUUAAAUAACUGGUUUUAUGUCAUUGUUUUUAAUCUUUGUAUUAAACCAUUUU